UUAUUAGGAUACAUUUUUUUCACACAGAAGUCAAACAGGCGUAGGUACAGUUAGUAGAAGGCGGGGGAGGUAGACACAAUUCUUUCAGAAACAGGACAAUGUCUCUUUAAAAAGCGGAGCUGGUCGGCCUUUGUAGCAUGUGUAUGUAAGCUUCUCCCUUCUACCCUACAAGUGUCAGUUUCACUAUGGCGCUGAGAGCUGUAUUCUUUACACAAUACAAGUUAGUAGGGACGCAAGAAAAGCAAGGGGCCCCGACCACCAGCACUUCAAAAGCCAGCAGCCUUCCUCUAAAGUAAAGUAAAAAGCGAGCUUAAAAUACAUGUGCAUCAUACCCGACAUUAUGGUUGGUCAAGAGCACUUUUGCGGAGUUAGUGACAUAGGAAUAAGAAAACAUUAGCUUCUUGCUACCUGGAGCACCAUGGACUAAGUGAUAUGGUUGUUUGUCUUUAAUUGUUUCCUAAUUUUUGUACUACAUUGCUUCCACCUCAGACCCGAACAUAGAACCGUCCCUUUAACGGAUCAGCUAUGUUAUCCGGAUCUAAAUCGUCCUUUAAGAUUAAGCAGCUUGCUCCUGAAUUGCAAGUGAAUAUGCGGGCCAAGUUUGCUGGGACAUAUGAUGAGAAGAAUGGGACUUUGGGGUUUAAGUGCCUUCCAGGGGAGUAUAUCAAACAAGCUGCCACCCAUGUGAAGAAGUAUGUGCCAUCUAGAUGUGGAAAGACCUUCAUCUGGGGAUCCUUGUUCUGUACCAACUUUAGGAUCUCCUUUGUGCCACAAGUGAAGGGACACAACACGGAGAAGACCUCUAAUCAGAUCAUUCUGAACAGAGAGCAUGAUGUUGUAUUAGCAUGUAUUGAUCGAGUGGUGGGAGUGACAGGUCAGUCCAGGUCAAAGGUACUAACAGCAAAUUCCAUUGUAAGAGGUCUCCUAGAAGAACUGGUGAUCUAUUGCAAGGACUUUCGUGAGCUGCACUUCCAGUUUGGCUAUAGGACUCCACAGUCUGAAUGCAUUCAGAUAAGCACUACUAUUGCCCAGAGCUACCAAGAGUUAAGUACAGAUCAUCUAUUAACCAUUCAGAGAGACAGUACAACAUUAUGGAGAUUUGAUCAUGAUUCAUUGAUUAGAAAGGAUGUCUUUGGGACACAGAUGUUUGAAGCAUUGCAAGACUGGGAAGAUGAGCUGAUGCGGAUGGGAGCUCUCGGCUGGCGAGUCAGCCCUGUGAACGAAAGGUUUGACAUGUCAACAAGCUUGCCAAAGUACAACGUGGUUCCCAGUGCACUCUUGGAUACCGAUCUGCAGAAGAUGUUUACUCUGUUUAAUGAACGUCGUAUCCCAAGACUUUGCUGGCAUCAUCCUCGUGGCAGUGACUUUUUGAGAAUGGCCUACUUUCAGACGAACACUGAUCCUGAGAAGGAAGACAUGAGGAUCGUUGAGAUGCUGAUGCUGGCAUGCCAUUCCCAGUGUGUCCUUGUGGAUGUGACUGAUGAUCUUCCAAAUCCAUCUGAGAUACAGACAGCCCAUGUAAAACUUAGAAAUCUUUGUAUGGCAUUUGAAUCUUCUGUUGCAGAGUCAGAUGAAAAGUGGCUUUCUACCCUGGAAAACACCCACUGGUUAGAAUAUGUUAGGCUUUGUCUAAAGAAAUCAUGGGAGGUUGCAUCUCUUCUAGCAGAGAGGUGCCUCUGUGCUGUCCUUCAGGAGCCAGAAGAUCGUGACUUAAACUGCCUAGUGGCAUCAGUUGUGCAAGUCAUGUCCGAGCCACACUUUCGCACAAUCCGAGGUUUUCAGAGCCUUAUCCAAAAGGAAUGGGUGGUAGCAGGCCAUCAGUUCCGCCAGAGAUUAAAUUUUGCACGUGACAAGGACAAGGAGGAAUCUCCAGUAUUUUUACUGUUCCUGGACUGCGUGUGGCAGUUACUUCAGCAGUACCCAACAUCCUUUGAGUUCACAGAGGCAUACCUACUUGCUGUACAUGAUAGUACCCAUAUUCCAUUCUUCAGCACCUUUCUGUCGAAUAGCCAGCGAGAAAGACAGAAGACAAACCAGCAUUUGCCAUCUGAACAAAGCUACACACCUGUCAAUGGUUGGUCUAACCUAUCCAGUAGAGACAACCUGCUGAGUGGAAACUACUUGUUGAGCAAGGAGAAGACAUCUUUACCGGUUGUGUGGGAGUGGUCUCUGCAGUAUGACAGUCAUUACCAGGCACUGUUUACUAACCCAUAUUACAGUGAUAGUACUGCUAACACAGUUCUUAAUGGGAGUAUAGACAUUCAAGGCACUGUGAAAUCUGAUCCUGGGUGUAUUGGGUCAUGCUCAGUGUACUUGCUGUCAAAAGGAAGCCUUUCUCUGCAAACUCAGUAUCUUCCCUGGAAAACUGGAUCAGGCCCCAAAAAAGGAUCAAGGAGGGCCCACUCAGUAGAAAGUUUAUCUGAGCUCGAACGAUCUCUAAGAAAAAAGUCAGUUGUGCCUGUUAGUACUGAUGGAAUUUUACUCCCAUUACUUGUAGGACCUUUCAUCCGGUUAUGGAAACGUUGCUACCUCCGUGGGAGCCAAGGUGCUGAGGUUGUUGCAUCUGUUCCAGACUCUGAAUUCUUGACAGAGGAGAUGAUGUUUCUGCAAACAUGUCUGAAGGAGCUACAGCUCAGCUUGGAUUCUUAUAGUGACAAAAAACAUGCAUCUACAGAGACUUACAGUGCUUUCAGGAGUCAUUUCAGGUCAGGCCCUCCAUAGUGGACAUGAAGUAUUCUGGACCUGUGCCUUGCAACAGUCUUUCACAAGUGUUAAAGAAGCAAAUGAAGAGUUUCUGAACAGGAUAAAUAUUCUCUACCCAGUUUACUGCUGUGCAGUUG